CCAAGAAACACGCAGCGGUCACCAGUGAUCGAGAUGGCUGCGUCUCUGCUCCCCGAGGCCGCGCAGAAGGUCUUCACCCCCGAAACCCUCCGCUCCGCCGCCAAGCAAUCCGAGGGUAUCCACCUCGUCCCCCUCUCCCUCCGCCGCGCCAUCAAGAAGUUCCUCCGAGACAGGGAUAAUUCCCAUAUGAACCGGAAGGUGUUGCUCCUUUCGGAGUCCUUCAACAGGAUCAAGGAUGCCAACCUCCAGCUUGCCGCCUCCGCCUACCGCGACCUCGUGGACGACCCUUUUAGGCCCGUCGAGCACCUGGCCGGCCGGUGGAAGAUACAGUCCGCCUAUGGAGACAUCGGCCUCAAGUAUAGGGAAGACGAGACCGUGGCAUAUGUGGCCUCCCGCAUGCCUGCCGUGUACUCCGCGUGCCACCGGGUCCUCCGUGAGGUCCGCCGGAGGCUGCCGGACUUCUCUCCUUCGAAAGUAUUGGAUUUUGGUGCCGGACCUGGUUCAGCGCUUUGGGCAAUGCGGGAGGUCUGGCCUCGUUCUUUGGAAAGAAUAAAUUUGGUAGAACCAUCCAAAUCGAUGCAAAGAGCUGCUCAAAGCCUUUUACAAGAUUUGAAAGGAUUGCCCAUAAUUCACAGCUAUGAUAGCAUUCAAGCAUUGAACCGUAACCUGGACAAACAUGAUAGAAAGCAUGAUCUCGUAAUUUCUUCUUAUGCUCUUGGGGAGAUACCAUCACUUAGUGAUCGGAUCACAAUUGUGCGUCAACUUUGGGACCUUACACGAGAUGUUUUGGUUUUGUUGGAGCCUGGAACUCCACAUGGAUCAAAAAUUAUAACACAAAUGCGUUCCUAUAUUUUAUGGAUGGCAAAGAGGAAAUGCCGCAAGAAUGGUGAAUCAUCUAAUGUGGCUUCUAGUGAUGAGAAAAGCAUUGUUCAACCUAAGGGCUUACUAAAAAAUGGUGCAUUUGUGGUUGCCCCUUGUCCCCAUGAUGGACGCUGUCCUUUGGAGAAUACUAGUAAAUAUUGUCACUUUGUUCAAAGACUUGAGAGAACAUCAUCACAACGUGCAUAUAAGCGGUCUAAAGGUGAGCCAUUACGUGGUUUUGAGGAUGAGAAAUUCUGUUUUGUUGCACUGAGACGUGGCAAACGACCACAGGAAGCUUGGCCACUUGAUGGAAUGGAGUUUGAGACACUGAAAGAGCGACUUGCUAAGAGGAAUCCAGAGGAUCUUAUCAUUGACUUUGAGGAUCAAUUUGCAACAGAAGAUGACGCAGAGAGCCCAUUUGAAGACGCAUUGGUCCCCUAUGCCUCUGAUAUUGCGGAGACUAACAUGUUCCAUGAAAAUGAAAAUGAGGAAGAAGAACAAACCCAUGCUGAUCUUGGGAGUGGUUGGGGUCGGAUUAUCUUCACACCAAUGCGGAGGGGAAGGCAAAUUCAGAUGGACAUAUGUAGAUCCACCAAACGGGAUGGCUCUGUAGGCGCAUUCGAGCGAAUGGUGGUCACGCAAGCCAAGAAUCCAACACUUCAUCUCCAGGCUCGCCGAUCUCUUUGGGGUGAUCUUUGGCCGUUUUAGAUUUGAUAGGGUUUGGUAGAGCCAACAUAUUUGUAAUUUCCAGCCAUUUCCUUGUACACUGAUAUUUAUGAAUAAUAUCUCGUUAAUUUAGGAAGGAAUGGCUUCUGCCUUUCUAUCAUAUUAUACAAAGGUCUCAUCAUUGCUUCCACAUAAAAAGGGCAAUGCCGAUUGACUUGUAUUUUCUAACCUUUGCCUUAUUAGUUUUGGCUACACAAAAUGGAUUUGGACAAAUUCUUCAUUUUAAUGUAUUA